CAAUUAAAAAGUCAGAACGAAAUUAAGGAAUUUCGAAAGACUUUAAUUAAAGAGUGAGUAGUUUUGCAAUGGUUAAGUUAAAUAAUUAAAGAAAUUGUAAUACGAGUGUAAAUACACAGUUUUCAAGUUGAUUUCUUUAUGUGAUUGAUUAUUUGCAAAUACAAUUUGUUUUUUUUAAUAGAGAAAUAUAACAGUAACGGUAAUUAUACUUGAUUGCAAUUACACUAGUAGAAAAGAAUGCCUUCACUUCCUUCAAUUUCAAUCAAUCGUAAUUUGUAUAUUUUUUGAAUAAGUUACCGAUUGAUUUAAAUUGAAAGUUUUAAAGCUUUUCUGAAAUAAUAGUGCUACUAACUAAUGUUAGUCUUACAUAAUAUUUCUAUAUAACUGGAUGAGAAUAUUAAAGCCAAAUUUUAAUAAAUACACUUUGACUUUGUAUAGAUUUCAGCCAAUUUUUUGAGUUCCAGUGUCUCUUAAAUCGUAAAGUGUGUAUUGAUUGAUGGUAAAAUAAGAUUAUUCGAUGCAUCUUUUAAGCCCUUUCUUACUUUCUUUUUGUUACAAUGGGCCGAAAAUGCUUCAGCCCCUCUCCCCCAUUUUUCCUAUGCCACUGAUAACAAUAUUCAAUAUAUCAAUUUAUUACAGUAACCUACUAACUUUUUCAAAUGGCUGCCAAUAUGGAUGUACGAGACAUCUUAGAACUUGACACUGGUCAAACUCAAAAUGAUUUUGUUACCAAAGAAUCUCUCAUGACAGAAGGCAAAAAGGUAUUGUAAUCAACACAGUUUCAAAAAGCUUUUGAAAUUAUAAAAUAGUUUAUUAAGUUUUAUCAUUUUAUAAUUUUAAAAAAUAAAACAACAUCUUUUAAUUUGUAUAAUGUUUUUUAAAAUUAACAGAAUUAGCAGGAAUUUCAAUUAUGAAUAUUUGUUUUCUUAUAUAUUAUAAAUUUUUCCAGAAGAAAGUUCGCAAACUAGAUGCAGGUAUAAAGCGACCUGAGGGUAUGCACAGAGAGUUAUGGGGUUUGCUACACACAGACAGUAGAUAUCAAACGUAAGAGAGAAAUUUAUUUGAACAUUUGAUUUGUACUUAUAUCCUUUUAUAGGAUUAUUAUCUAUUGUUUGAAAUCACCUUAAUUUCAUAAUAAAUAUUGUUGGCAGUGUAUUAUCAGCAUUUUCCUAUGUAGCAAAAUCCACUAUUUUCUCAUCUGUGUAACCCUAGUUUAACCAUUUAACAAAAAAAAGAGAAUUAUUUAUUUUCAAAAGCCUAAUGACUAAUAACAUGUUAUCUCUCGUAUUUUAAUGAUUAUUACUGUAAUCCUUAUCAUUAGAGAUGCAGCCCCAAUUAUUCCUUCAGACUCAAAACAAGGUUACAAACAGAUGAAAGCAAGAAUAGGAAGCAGUCGAGUCAGGCCUUGGAAGUGGAUGCCAUUUACUAAUGCUGCUAGAAAGGUAUCCUGCUAGCUUUAGUCAAAUCAUGCAUUAUAGUUUGUUAAGCAAUCAUGUUCUUGGAAGGGAUCAAAUCUUUGAGAACAGCAGAAGUUUCCAUUAUUUUGACACAUUAUUAUUUUUCAUCCCAUAAUCAUUGCAAUAUUUUUUUUUGGCUUUUAAGAAUACGAUUUCCAGACCUCCAGUGAUUUUUAAGGGUCAUAUAAUGGAAAAAAUUUUUCUUUUUUUUUUUUAGAGAUUGAGGCAAUAUUUUGAUACUUUUUUUAUUAUUUUGUGGCGUACAAUAACAAAAAGAUAAACAAAAUUAUAUUUUUACUAUUCCAGGAUGGGGCUGUCUUUUAUCACUGGGGACGAGUCGCAGAUGAAGGAAAAGACUACCCUUUUGCAAGAUUUAACAAGGUAAUCAAUAGCAAUAUAUAUUCUUAAAUAUAUAUAUUCUGACUAUACCUAAUGUCUUGCUUUAUGAGGAACUAGAGGACUGAAGUCACAUUAGCUUAUAAAAGUAUUCUGAAAAAUAUCAUCAUUAUUUAUUCUUUAUAUUCUGACAGUUUACAAUUAUAUUAUCUCGAAUUCAUUUUCGACAGUGCUGCCAUUGUCAUGAAUAUAUUUGUUCCCUAGACUGUUGAUAUGCCAGUGUAUUCUGAUCUCGAGUACCAGCAACAUCUGCAUGAUGAUAACUGGUCGCGACAGGAAACUGAUCACUUGUUUGAUCUGUGCAAGCGGUUUGAUGUGCGAUUUAUUGUCGUUCAUGAUCGCUGGGACAGGGAAAAAUACAAGGAGCACAGUGUUGAGGAUCUCAAAGAAAGAUAUUAUAAUAUUUGUAAUACUCUGGCAAAGGUAAAUUUAAAGAAAGAUAUUAAUUUAGAUUUAAAAAAAUUAACUUUUUUUAAAUUUUCAAAACUAUCCAUCAAAAUUAAAGGUGCUUUUCUUCAACCCUCCAAAAAAAUGUACAGUAACUUUGCACCCAUGUAUAUUUCUAUCAAAUGUAUUUUUUAUGUAAUAAAAAUUUACCUUUUAAAAAGAGGGAAAUUCCUAACCCCAUAACUGUCAUGAAAGCUGAUCAUUGGUCGUUAUAUCCCUAUCAGUGUGUCACAAACAAGAUAAUGGGUCUCUAGCAAAAUCCUCAUUAAAAAUGCUAAUGAUUUAAUGUAUAUUGGCUAUAUACUCUACAAAUGAGUUUGCUUCCUAUUUCUGUUUCUAUGUGUUAACAUGAUUUUAUCAGGGCUUGUUUUGUGAUUAAUCGGGUGUGAAAAUUGCUCAAUGCUCUUACUGCCAUUAUGUCUGUUGUUGGUCCCUCUCUGGUUGGCAAAAUCAAAACAGACUUUAUUUAGGGGUAAUAUGGGGAGAGACUGCAAUCAGGCUAGUACAAAAUAAAAUGAGUAGAACAGAGUAGGGUUAAACCUGAAAAAAUAAACGCAACAAAACAGCGAACGUGUCGGCAGAAAGCCUUCGUCAACGAACAAAACAACAGAAAAAACGGUAUAAAAAAUAAAAAUAAGAAAUAGCACUUAGCUGGUAAGUAGUAUCUGUGGGCAGCAAUAGAAGUGUCACCUGCUAGUAAUGACAGUAUUAGCUCUCAGGGUCAGAGUGAUAGUGACAGAAGAGUCAGAUAUUAACAAUUUUACUCCUAAGCUUAGUCAUAUUGUUACAGAAAAAUUAGUUUGGGAAAAGGUGGAAAUAGAAGAUAACAGACAAAGAUUGGAUCCAAAAUACCUAUCCUAAAGAGAUUCAAAGACAAUUAUGUGUCUGUUCUUGAAUAUUAAUAAAAAUUGAAUAACUUCAAUUGAAAGGGAAUUUUUGAACUAAUUUUGUGUUUCCCCCAUUGUAUUUUGAAUGAUAAAAAUUUAAUGAAGAAUGAAGAAAUUCACCAAUUUUCAAUGUAAUUUUCUAUAACUUGACAUUUUAUGAAAGAAUAUUGCUUCUAGUAUCUGAAAAACUUGAUUUUAUGACAGUUGAGUAGUCAAAUAUUUCAUCCAUCCCAGGUAGGGCUGUGGCCUGCCUCACCGUUUCCUUCCACUCAGAUCUGACUGAUGGUUUUCUUCUUCUUCUUCUUCUAUAUAUUAAGGGCCCAUGAUCAAUUUAUUUAUCAUUUUGGCAUCCUUCUUUUCCAUGCUUGGAUUCUCAGCUUCUGUAGAUCUUUUUCCCUCAUCAUCCAUCCAUCUAAGCCUAUGUCUGCCUUUGAGCAGUUUUCCUCUGGGGUUUAGGUGGUGCACCCUCUUCACUCCUCCGUCUUUUGGCAUUUUUCUCAAUGUAUCACUCAGCGUAGCCUGUCCUUUUUUUAUUUCUGCGACUAGCGUAAGAUUCUGAACUAUAUAGACUAUACAUUUCCUUUUUGAUUUGUAUUCUCCAUCUAUAUUCAUCCAUUGUUGGGCCAUAUAUUUUCUAGAGAAUUUUCUCUCCGAUGUGUUUAAUAAAGUAAAUUUUUACUCACUCCAAUUUCUAUUUUAAGAGAGACUUACAGAUGAACUGAUAUAAUAAUAUAUUGUACUUCAUAUUAUAGGUGCGUGCUCCAGGAGGUUCAGAGCCUAAAGUCAAAGCAUUCGAUGCUGAACACGAAAGGCGCAGAAAAUUUCAGUUGAUCAAACUUUUUGACAGAACCCAGGAACAGGUAAUUUACCACAGCAGGAAGCUGAAAAGAAAGGGGAGGCCUGGACAAAUUCUAAAUUUGGCUGGACUCCAGAUUGUAGUAUUCUUUAACUUUUUUUUUGCAAAGCCCAAAGUUAGCAUUGUAUAGUUUGUCAAGUAGAUGACAAGAAUCAAGCAAUAGCAUUGUUAGCAAGCCUAGAUCCCAGAUGGUGGCAUCAUUGUUUUUUUUUUAAUUAUCUGUGAGCUUCAAAUUGUUUGACAAGAAACUGUAUUUUAUGUGUUAGUUUUAUUCCUAAAUUUAAAUUAUUUUUGUUAAAAGUUUGUUUUGAAUAAGAAAUAGAAAGGCAUGCACAAAAUUCAUGUGGCAUUUAUUAAUGUGUUGUUUGUUGUGUUCUUGCCAUAGGUGGAAGAAGAAGAAUACCUGAUAGGUGAACUGAAGAAGAUAGAACUGAGGAAGAAAGAGAGAGAGAAGAAACAGCAGGACCUCCAGAAGUUGAUCACUGCAGCUGACAGCAACGCAGACAACAGGAAGGCUGAGCGCAAAAAUACCAAAAAGAAAUUACAAGCAAGGGAACCUAAGGAGGGCGGUGGGCUGGUGAGCAGUGGUCUUGAUGGUUUGAAUUUAGUACAUCAAGGGCAGUGGUCUAGAUGGUUUGAAUUUAGUACAUUAAGGGCAGUGGUCUAGAUGGUUUGAAUUUAGUACAUUUAGGGCAGUGGUCUAGAUGGUUUGAAUUUAGUACAUUUAGGGCAGUGGUCUAAAAGUUUGAAUUUAGUACAUCAAGAGCAGUCGUUUAGAUGGUUUGAAUUUAGUACAUUAAGGGCAGUGGUCUAGAUGGUUUGAAUUUAGUACAUUUAGGGCAGUGGUCUAAAAGUUUGAAUUUAGUACAUCAAGAGCAGUCGUUUAGAUGGUUUGAAUUUAGUACAUUAAGGGCAGUGGUCUAGAUGGUUUGAAUUUAGUACAUUUAGGGCAGUGGUCUAAAAGUUUGAAUUUAGUACAUCAAGAGCAGUCGUUUAGAUGGUUUGAAUUUAGUACAUUAAGGGCAGUGGUCUAGAUGGUUUGAAUUUAGUACAUUUAGGGCAGUGGUCUAAAAGUUUGAAUUUAGUACAUCAAGAGCAGUCGUUUAGAUGGUUUGAAUUUAGUACAUUAAGGGCAGUGGUCUAGAUGGUUUAAAUUUAGUACAUUUAGGGCAGUGGUCUAGAUGGUUUAAAUUUAGUACAUUUAGGGCAGCGGUCUAGAUGGUUUAAAUUUAGUACAUUUAGGGCAGCGGUCUAGAUGGUUUAAAUUUAGUACAUUUAGGGCAGUGGUCUAGAUGGUUUAAAUUUAGUACAUUUAGGGCAGUGGUCUAGAUGGUUUAAAUUUAGUACAUUUAGGGCAGUGGUCUAGAUGGUUUAAAUUUAGUACAUUUAGGGCAGCGGUCUAGAUGGUUUAAAUUUAGUACAUUUAGGGCAGUGGUCUAGAUGGUUUAAAUUUAGUACAUUAAGAGCAGGGGGUUAGAUGGUUUAAAUUUAUUACAUUAAGAAAUAAUAAAAUACUGCUUUGUUUAGAUAAAUGAGUGAUUGCUUUGAGAAACAUUUUUUUUUAAAAAGAUGGUGAAGUUGCAAUGUGUGUAAGAAGCCUAACCAAUUAUGCCUAAAAUUUGUUAAAAAUUUGCUUUAUAUUAAGGAAUUUCUUUAAAAAUUGUUCUGGUUUGUAUGUGACAAUGAACAUCAAAAGGCACAUAGUAUACAUGCAAUAAAGGGGGUGGGGGUAGCUUUACUGAAGACUACGAAAGAAAAUAGUAUUUUAGCAACAUAAAAUUAUAAAUGAUAUUUUAUUCAAUAGAUGACAGCAGAACCGGGAGGAAUCAAAUUCUCAGAUUUCAAGGCUUCUGGGACAAGUUUACGCAGUCAGAGGGUGAGUUUUAUAAAAUUGCAAACCUACUUGUUCCUGUAACAUAAAAUAAUUUCUUUUGCUCCAUUCACACCCUUUAGCAUGCAUAUUAUGGACACUGGUGAGUCCUGUAUUAGUAAUCGAAUCCUUGAGGGUCAAAAGAAGUUUACUGAAUAGAAAGGUGAAGCAGAAGUUUAAUGAGAAACUACUUUUUAAAAAACUAUCAACGCUGCCCACACACUAUCCAUGCACAUUGCAACACAAGGUUACCUGUGUCGUUUUAACAAAUUUUCCAAUCCUUUUUCUUUUUGUUGCUAAGUAGAUUCCUUGCAGAAAUGUGUUGACAAUGUUUGUUAUUAAGUUUUCUACUCUUCUGUAUUAUGUAGUUUCAUUUAUGCAUUGGCUACCUUAAAUUAAAAUUGACAUGAUUUUUACUUUUUAAAAAAUCCACAGAUGAAACUGCCUGCAACUAUCGGUCAAAAGAAAACAAAAGCCAUAGAGCAGGUUCUUGAAGAGCUUGGCCUCGGUCAGUCAUCUUAUUUUGAAGUUGUUUUUUUUUAUAAUCUCCUUUGAAUAUUUUUAUAUACAAGUGUACUUUGUUACUGAGAUAUCAUAUUAGGAUUUGAAAACCAUUGCUGAUAAGCACAAACUAAAAAGAAAUCUAAAAAAAAUGUGAUAAAAUACGGAUUUCAUGACUCAGAUUCUGCUGUCUUGGUUACGGGUCAGACUUUUUCUGGCACCAUAAACCCACUCCUAGCAGCCCCCCUGUUGUAUUAAAAAAAAUAUUAUUCAAAGAAAAUAGUUAUCACAACUCUGUAAGGUAUAUAAAAUACACACAAAAAUGUAAAAUUUUACAAGCAAUUGAACUUUUAUUAAAAUUUUUAACAGCUUUUUACUUAAAUUAAUUCAGCAAUAAAUUGAUUAACGAUUCUUAUAAUAAGCACAAUUAUUUAAAGUAAGAUUACGAUAAUGCACUUAGUAAUAGUAAGUAAAUCACACAUCGCUCAAAUAUGAUUACUUUACGCUUUGGGUGGGCUGUUACAACACUCUUGAAUCAAAACUUAGACAUAGUUUCUUGACCUAUUUCCACAGUGUGUAUUAAUCAUAAUUAAUGACAUGAAAUUUUUAAAAUUUAUUUCCUAAUUCAAAAAUCCAAGUGUGAUUUCCUAAACCUUGGUGUCAGCUUUGAAUUAGAUAUUUAUCAAAACAACCUAUAUCACCGAGAGCUUAACGCAGAUUUAUCAACCUAUAUAAAAUUUCAAUUAAAGAAGGUCCGAAAAUAUGACAAACGUUUACAAGAUAUUGAAGCAGUAGUGGUGGUUUGGUUUCCAAUCAUAAUACUAGUUGUGUCAGAAGAUCCACAAAACUGCCUUAAUUGCUAUUAUUGGGCAUACAAAGUCAUGAAUAAGCUAAUUUAAUACAUCAAAUAAUAACACAAAUAAAUAUACAGGAAAUGGUCCCAUGAUUCGUCUCUUAAGAUGAGAAAAGUUCUUAGACAAGCAAAAAAGGCACUGAAUGCACAGAUAGGCAAAUCCGAACUAAAAUUCAUGACUUUUGCAACACAAUUAUUUUUUUUUUUUGGUAAUAUGAAAACAAGUAUGAAUUUGUAACACACAAGAACAAAAGGAACCAAAAAACACAUGCACAUCUAUAUUUUAUUAAAUUUCCUAGCAAUUGCAAUUUUUAAUCAAUUUGCUUGAGAAGACUUUACAAUUAUUUGCCUGAGGUACCAGCAGAACAAAUAAAUAUUAUGAUUUAAUUUCUGAAACAACUGAAUGUGUAGACAAAUAUUUUUUGUGGCUCCUUUAAAGUGAAUUUAAUUCUUUUGUACUGCAUGUGACUUGGCCUUACUAAUUAAAUAUUUCUUUUUGAAAAGUUCCUUGUAAUAUUUGACUGAUAUCUAUUUAAUGACCUUUUUUCUAUGCCAUUCGACAAUGAUAAGUAAUUUUUAAAUAAUCCCAAAAAAAUUUUUAAUAUAAUUUUCAUUUAAAAAUGGGUCUUCUGGUCUAAUCCACCAUCGCCCCUUUAGAUAGUUCAAGCACCCCCCUAAAUCUACUGGGCAAUUUACCGCCUCUUGGGAUAACCCACUGCCCACUCGGGGCUGUUCCACCCUCUUUGAGAACCAUUGAUGGAGACCAUGUUUUUUUUUUUUUUUUUGGUUACAUGGGAUCAUAUCAGUAAUUCUUUAUUAUCACUUUGUAAUUUAAUAGAGCCUGUCCAGUCCACCCUCUUUGAGAACCAUUGAUGGAGACCAUGUUUUUUUUUUUUUUUUGGUUACAUGGGAUCAUAUCAGUAAUUCUUUUUUUUCACUUUGUAAUUUAAUAGAGCCUGUCCUUUUCCGGGUUAUGUAGAAAUUUUGUACACAAAUGGAAGUUAGAAUUUUCUGUAUGAGCUAAAUCGAAUUCAGGUUUAGCAAUUCAAUGUUAUUUGUUUUAGUCUCCCUUGUAAGAUGAACCAUUUUAAAAAUAAAUCAAAUUCAUAUCUUUUUGUAACAUCACAGAAUUCAAUCCCAUGCCAACCGAAGAUAUAGUCAACAGUUUCAACACCCUUCGCCAGGACAUCGUCUUGCUGUAUGAGCUCAAGCUGGCAAUGUCCACAUGUGAAUAUGAGCUCCAGACUCUUAAACAUCGGCACGAUCAACUCAUAGCCAACAAGGUAGGUUUUGAGCCACUGCUGUGUGGAAAAUUAGAUAUAAAAUCUGGGAGUGCUUUGUAUCCUGAAAACUGUAUCUUGUUGAAAAUUUAUGAGAGAAAAAAACACGAUUUUUGAGGAGCUAAAAGAUGUCUUAUAAAAAAAAUUGGGGCGGAGAAAGAAAAGGUGUCAUGAUUCUUUUCUAAAUUGUGCGCAAGCUGAAAGGAGCGACAAAAUAGGGCUAAAAUGCAUGUCCUCCUGUAAAGAUGUCAACUUCAAUUUAAGGAAGAGUUGCAGCGAGGAGAUGAAUGAAGCAGUGGCCAGCAUCUUACAGGCAUGUCAGAUAAGAUAGUCUUCCUUGUGCGGCGUAAUUAAAAAAAAAAAGUGUGCAGUUGAUUUUCUCGUCGUUUAUUCCUAAUACCGGUAUGUAAAAGUAAAUCAUAAACCGGCUUUUCUGCUUUUUUGAUCAUAUCUGAACCAUGUGACCUUCUAAAUUUCUUAUUAUUACUAAAAUCUUGGUAUUAUUGUUCAAAAUUAUUGAUAUCCCUGAUUGCAAAAUGAGGAUCCAAACCUGUCCCGCUUUAAUUUUUAUAAGUAACUACAGCUUACUCCUCUGCAAUUAUUGGACUGCUUAAAUUGCAACCGUGCAAUCAAGGAAUGAAGUUCACCCCUGGAAUUAAACAGCAUUGAAAGUUUUCGUAUAGCAGAAUGGUGGUGGUGCUCUCUCAAACGUUGCAGUCUGCUCGUUUCAGAAUGGUGGCGGCAGUCUGUCCAGCUAUUUGAUGACAACACCGACAAAAGUCCCAGACGUUCAAAGUCCCACCAUCGAGGAUGCUGCAGGCAGCAACAGUCAAGAUGGCAUCCCAGGCUCUCCGUCCAAGAGGAAGUUGCUAGUUGAUACCAUUGAUGUGGUCGGGACCGGGUCAACGCCAAGUGUAAGUAUUCAUGUCAUUAACAUCCAUCCAUGUCAUUAACAUUCAUCCAUGUCAUUAACAUCCAACCAUGUCAUUAACAUCCAUUCAUCUCAUUUUUAUCCAUCCACUUCAUUAACAUCCAUCCAUAGCAUUAACAUCCAUCCAUGUUAUUAGCAUCCAACCAUGUCAUUAACAUCCAUUCAUCUCAUUCUUAUCCAUCCACUUCAUUAACAUCCAUCCAUGUAAUUAACAUCCAUCCAUGUUAUUAACAUCCAACCAUGUCAUUAACAUCCAUUCAUCUCAUUCAUAUCCAUCCACUUCAUUAACAUCAAUCCAUGGCAUUAAAAUCCAUUCUUUAUUGAAUUGGUUGAUGUCCAUGUAUGGUUGAGAAUGGAACCACCCAGCCUGCUUCUUAUGAUAUUAAUUUUUAUUAAAGUUGUUUCCUCAAAUAUUAAUGCACAGGUCCAUAGAUUGUCUUUCACUGUGUCCCUUUUGUAAAUUAGUGCAACCAUAGGAAGAAUCAAAACAUUGCAUAUCAGAAUGGUAUGUUGAUGCACAGGUCCAUAGAUUUUUACUCCACUUUAGUAAGUUAGUGUAAUUAUAGGGAGAAUCAAAACAGUGCACAUCAGAAUGAUAUGUUAAUGCAGAUACCUGGGGACAUUCCUUUCAUAAUUGGUAUCUAAUAAGUUUUUUUUGUUAUUGUAUGUCAUUUUCAAAUAGUUGGCUAACAGUACAGUCAAGCAUUUUUUAUUAUGAGGAAAUGAUAAAACUACAAUAAACCUUCUGAUACAACCAUCAGGAAUGAGCCAUCUGGUACAGAUACAAAAAGGAAGGCUUUCAUUAAUUUUUUUUUUUUGAAUAGAAAAAUCCAUAAACAUAUUCUUAGUGAAAUGGCAUCUGACUUAAUCCCCUCUCCUUGAAUAUCGAGUUUUGAAAUUUGCACCGGGUAUUGAAAUUCAAUUAGACCAAUAGUAAUUUAUUGUUUACAAAUACAUGCUGUUUUAGUAAUCAAGUUUAUUGAUUGAUUUUGAGAUGUGAUUGUUAGUCAAAUUCAUGAUGAGUCUUGUCAAGUCAUGGAAUAAUUUCACAUGGCCUGUUACUGUCUGGGACAAUUUUUGACAUUGUUAAGCUCCAUGGGAAAGUAUUCAUUGACAUUGUUAAGCUCCAUGGGAAAGUAUUCAGGAUAAAGGGUUCUACCCCUUAGAAGAAAAAAAUGUCAUAGAAUUAUAACAAACAAUUGCUUUCUAAAUUUGGUUAUCUAAAGUCAGAUAGACUUGGUACAAGUUUUACAAACGUUCACAGUUGCAACGUUGGCUUCUCGUUUUAUCGAGAGGGGAGUUAGCUUGUGCUAUUGACAUUGAAGAUUUCAUUAAAGAAUUUGCUUUGCCAUUAAGAAAAGCCCAAGGAAGAUAAAUUAUCGAAGGGGCUAUUUGCACGCAGAUACCAGAAGUGAGAGGUUGGGAUUAAAAAACUAUUUAAAAUAUUUUUGUUGGGUUUAUAAAACAAAAUGAGGUAUCAAAUGAAGAAUAAUUGAAUAGACUAUAUGUUGGUAAACUUAAUUCUUCAGUUUAACUAAAAUAAACUACCACAAAUGACAUCCGAAUAGCAUUUAGUCAAGAUUGCCCUGGACACACAGCACCGCCAUCGCACCCGGGUCCUACAGACAGACAAAUCUGCCCCCCCCCCCCUUAACUUCUAUUCCAGAUUAAAUCGCAGAAUUAAAUCUACAACACCAUAAAAAAAUAAUUACCAAAUAGUAAAUAACCGUAUUUAAUUUGAAGAAAAAAGGCAUGUCCCCAAAACUUUGAGAACUCCUGAAAUACUAAAAGUGAAUUUAUCCAAGUGUGGCGUAAGACUAACGUUCACCACAGUAUAAGUAGCCUUUUUUGAUCUUAUUGCAGGACUUGUCUUUUGUCCUUAGCUUUAGCACCCACUAACUUUAACCAUCUCUUAUUCUUAUACAUAUUUUGCUCUGGUGUGUCCUUCUUCAUCUUCAUAACUGGCCCACCCCCAACGCCACAUGUUUUAUAUUGAUAUUACUGAGUGAAAAAAAACCUCGCGCAGCCAGCCUCCAUGCCUAACAUCUGAACUCCGCGUUCAGGUUGAUUUUUCUUUAAGGUGAGGUGACUAUCAUAUUAAUAAAAAAAUAGCCAAGUGUAUGGCGUAAGACUCUUUGUAGGACCGUCUGUAGGACCCUCUGUAGGACUGUCUGUAGGACCAUCUGUAGGACCAUCUGUAGGACCCUCUGUAGGACCAUCUGUGGGACCCUCUGUAGGACCGUCUGUAGGACUGUCUGUAGGACCCUCUAUAGGACCUUCUGUAGGACCGUCUGCAGGACCCUCUGUAGGACUGUCUCUAGGACCCUCUGUGGGACCGUCUGUAGGACCAUUGUAGGACCCUCUGUAGGACCGUCUCUAGGAACCUCUGUAGGACCGUCUCUAGGAACCUCUGUAGGACCGUCUGUAGGACUGUCUGUAGGACCCUCUGUAGGACCCUAUGUAGGACUGUCUGUAGGACUGUCUGUAGGACCCUCUGUAGGACUGUCUGUAGGACCCUCUGUAGGACCAUUGUUUAAAGGCCGGCGUUUAGGAUGUAGGACUUUCUGUAGGACUAUUGAUUGCAUCAAGGCCGGCGGAUAGGGUGCCUAUUUUUAAGCUUAAAGGCCGGCAGGCAGGGGGUAGGAUUGUCUGUUGGCCUAUUGUUUAAAGCCCGGCUGGUAGGGUGUAAGACUGUCUGUGGGACUUUUGUUUAAAGCCCGGCAGGUAGGAUGUAGGACUGUCUGUGGGACUUUUGUUUAAAGCCCGGCUGGUAGGGUGUAGGACUGUCUGUGGGACUUUUGUUUAAAGGCCGGCAGGUAGUGUGUAGGACUGUCUGGGGGACUUUUGUUUAAAGCCCGGCAGGUAGUGUGUAGGACUGUCUGUGGGACUUUUGUUUAAAAGCCGGCAUAUAUAUAUUUUUUUUAAAAUGAGACGUUAACUCGUAUUUUGUAACACUUGGACCCAUCGGAUAUUUUCUUACAAUACCCGGAUCCGGUUAAAAAACAACCGCACUCGGUUAAGCCUUAGUAUCAAUUAAUCUGUGACAUUGAAAGGGCAGAGGGAAAACCGAACCUUAGUAUCAAUUAAUCUGUGACAUUGAAAGGGCAGAGGGAAAACCGAACCUUAGUAUCAAUUAAUUUGUGACAUUGAAAGGGCAGAGGGAAAACCGAAAAAGGAUAAUACAAAAUAAAAAAAGCGGACCAUGCGGCCAAAAAGCCUUCUACAGCAAAGAAAGAGACACACGCUCUUAGCCUGUUGUUAAGUUACGCAGUUGACAGGAAAUGGUAGACAUAUUCAGUUAUGGUAGUAAUCUUCAAUUUCCCUCUUAUUUUAUUUGAUCAAUUUAUUUAUUUCUAAUUUAUUAUUUAUUUUACGUUCCAUGCCCAAAUUCUUUAUAUUUCACGCGCCACUUCCUGUUUCACUACUGUGUCGGGCAUUUUGGCAGAGACGUCCUCUCUUGUGUGUUGUGCUUCGCCAGGAUUUCCACUACCCCCUUGUACUUGUAUAUUUCAUAGUGCUUCAACGUGAACACGGUCCUUGCCUGUAUUUUCAGUUAUCACUCGACCCGUUUCCUAUUGACCUGCCGUCACCACACCAAUGACAAAAACGUGUGCUUUACUUGACGCAUUGUUUGGACGUCCUCUCUCUUGUGUGUUGUGCUUUGCCAGGAUUUCCACUACCCCCUUGUACUUGUAUAUUUCAUAGUGCUUCAACAUGAACACGGUCCUGUCUGUAUUUUCAGUUAUCACUCGACCCGUUUCCUAUUGACCUGCCGUCACCACACCAAUGAAACAACAACGUGUGUGCUUUACUUGACGUAUUGUUUGGACCCAUGUCGUCAACCAGUUCAACGCUUAAUUUGUAUAAUACUAACCGCCGAACGAAUAGCACGCGCUCGAACUCCAAAGCCAGUCCAGACGCAACGUCACAGAUACAUAAAAUCACGUCACGAAUGCGUCAUAAGCCCACCCCCCCCAAAAAAAAAAAAAACAAAACAAAAAAAACAAAACCUCCCCCCAAAAAACAACCGGUUAUCACCGGAACUAUGACCCGAAGGCGCACCGCGCGCCCUUGACACAUCAUUUGGUGCGCAACAAUUACAAUUCGAUAUGCUCGCUCGAUACUGAUCAAAGUCAAUUUUAGGUAUUGUUCAAAUUUUAGGUUGGAACAGUUGCUGUGAAAUUAUUCAAUUUCUUCUUGUUUCAAUUUUCCGGGUCAAAAAUUCUUUAUUCUUUUAUUUAAGAUGGCAAAAAAAAAAGAGAGAGAAAUUGAAGGAGUUGCAUAAAAGUUUAAUAUUAUAGAAAGAAAAAAAUAAUAAACACACGAUGAAAAUAAAAAGUUUAGAAUAAUUUUCAUUAAAAAAUAAAGAUUUUGCAAAUUCUGGGAUGGAUUACAUCAUAGCUGAAUGAAAAUUAUCAUGCAAAAAUUAACUUUAAUCAUGGCGUCUUCUUUAAAGAAUGACGUGUUUAAAACAAAUUACAGGGGCCCCAAUGAUAAAGUUAACAGAAGUACCGGUAUUGAAGAAUCAGUGUUAAAAAUAAGUUUGACAAUAGGAACAAUAAUUAUGAUUUGACUGUAGGCACACUGCAUUCUAUUUAAAAGUUUAAUAGUCACACACACAAACAUGAUUGUGUAAUAAGUUUAAAAUAAAAUCAGUCGAAGGCCCUCUCCUGGAAGCCAGAACCCUUCUCCAGAAAAGAUAACAUUACACAAGAUAAACAGUGCCCCGUAACAUUACACAAGAUAAACAGUGCCCCGUAACAUUACACAAGAUAAACAGUGCCCCGUAACAUUACACAAGAUAAACAGUGCCCCGUAAAAUUACACAAGAUAAACAGUGCCCCGUAACAUUACACAAGAUAAACAGUGCCCCGUAACAUUACACAAGAUAAACAGUGUCCCGUACCAUACACAAGAUAAACAGUGCCCCGUAACAUUACACAAGAUAAACACUUCAAUAGUAGCGACCACCAGGGCAAGACGGACUUUUCAAUAAGUGCGAUCGUAGCUAGCUCGAACACAUUCAGCCGUGUGAAUUUGGAACACAGGCUUAUCCUGACUUAUGGCACAUUGACGCCACAUGGUAUGAACGUCAUGUCUCUUUUCACAGCUUGAACCUAGCUCCGCCCCUCCACGUCCCGACCUAUCGCAGUGGACUUACUUCUCUUCUUUUCUUUCCCUCUUCCCUAUUUAAUCUCUUACUCACUUACCCUUCUAUCACAAUUCAUUUGCUGCCCACGGAUACUACCUCUAAGCAAGGAGCUAUUUUUUUAAUACUGUUUUUUCUGUUGUUUUGUUCGCUGACGAAGGCUUCAUUCCAACACGUUCGUUGUUUUGUUGCGUUCCCUUUUUUCAGGUUUAACCCUACUUUGUUUUACUCAUUUUAUAUUGUGCUAACCUGAUUGCAGUCUCUCCCCUCAUUACCCUUCCAGAAAAGAUAAAAAAAAAUUGUCGACGCAUAUAUUUACGAAACAAAUGAAAAUGUCAUUCUAAAUAAGAGCUUGUAUGUACAGAGCAUGACGAGCUGCCUCAUCAGAAUAAAUGGCAGUUUCGUUGAAUUUUUUGUUUAUCAAUUCCAUCCUUUAGAAAACUUAAGCUUAUCCCUUCCUUUAACAUAAAAAGUAUUUUUUUUUUAAAUCACAUAGUUAUGAUUUUAGGAAUUGAAAAUUUGCCAAAUUUUCUUGUCCACUAAAUAAAUUUUUUUUUUUUAUUUCCUCCCCAGAAAAAGCGCAAAGCUGCUAUUGAGCAAAUCAACGUCCUCAAGAAAAUCAAACAGAAAAUCUGAUGUCUGUAAUCGCUUGCAUCAAAUUGGUUUUGCAUUUAUUUUAUUUUUUAAAUGUACAAUGUGGCCACCGCUUGGCUUCCCUGUCAGUGACCUCCCUUUGAAAUGGAAGCAAAUAAAAAUGUCUAAAUGUG